ACCACCGCUUCAUGGCCCUCGAGCGCCUCUUCAAAGAAAAAGAAAUCGCACAACGCAGCCCACCGCCUUCUUGACAGCUCGAAAGCUGCAGUGGCUAGACGAUGAGCUCCAGUGAUUCUGCAAAUCCUUCCAGGAACAUCGAAAGCAGCGCGUCUUCCCCAGGUAUCCCGGUCCAAACCAGCCCAGCUUCAUCGGUGCCCGCUGACACCAAGGAAGGACUUGAAGGUCUGGCUGUAAAACCUGCGCAAGUUGGAGGUAACCAUGAUGAAGGUGGCCAGCAGGAUGGGAAGAACGAAUCGCUGCACACACUUCCUCCGGGGAUUGUUGUGCCUGAAACGUCGCCAGUCCUACAGCAGCGGGAAGCCGAAAAGGACAGUGCUGCACCUGGAGCUGGUAAGCAGGCGUUACCACGAAGUGUGUCUCAGACUUUCGUCCCAAGUGUCAGUGUCGGCGGCACCAGUAAAGUCCCAGCGGAGACUAACAUUUCGGAGGCAAGUAGCUACGUCACGGCAGAAUGCGGUCCAAAGUCAAUAAAUCCCAGCGUUUCGGAACGUUCUAGCGUCUUCCAAACAGCUCAAGAACUCGGCCCCGUGAGAGGCCCCUUGUACGUCAAGCUAAAAGGCGAGCCUUGCAAACCGAGACCCGCUGGAAAGCAGAAUGAGCCUCACCGUGAAAGCACCGCUGAAGUGGUGGAGUCGAAGUUGUUCUCGUCGAGAUCUCCUGGAGAUCUGGCUAAACUAUUGCCCGUUGAACAAACUUCGAAGAGGAGCACUACGGAAGAAACUCUGCUACCUACUGACAGUGUGAAAGCUUCCGACAUCACAACACCGAACUCUGUGCAACUUGCGCCUAAUUCUGAGAGCCAGCCGAUGAAAAUAACAUCUGGGGAGGAAACAAAACAGAAUGGCAAGGACAAAGUCACGAGCACUCCACCCGAAAGAAAGCCGCAAUACCACACUGAACCUCGUUACAAAGACUGGCCAAAGCACGAAUCGGAGAUAAUACCAGACCCUACGAGCGUUGUUUUCAUGAAGACCAAUAAGCUGGAUCUGGCUGAGCAUAUUUCACUUCCACCCACCGAGCGUAGAAGGGCGUUUAUACUCACGAAAAAGACACAGCUGAUGUCGUCGCAGCCUAACGACCAACCAGUCUAUUGGGAAUCUUUGAAUCAAACCAGCGAUGCUGCAUCCUCCUCUCAGGCGCCGGUAAAGCGAAACUCCAGCGAUAUCGCCGGUAGUCGCGUCGGCCAAGUUGGCGUAUCAGAUGAUGGCGCUGCUUCAGUUGCUACUACAGAGACUAAGCACAGGAAAUCUAUCGACGUAAAACCCACGACCAGCGCAGAUGCCAUAAAUGUAGCGUUGGAGGUUUACUCUCACCUAUACAGUCCAAAAUCUCUGCUAGACUUUGAGAAAGAUCAAAUUGAAGACCCCGCGCACAAGGCGUCGACAGCUUCCCGUACGCUCUCUCCAUCUGACAACCAAACAAGCGGGGACGGUGUGCUGCCCGCGUCAAGCAAUGGCACUCCAGCAUCGAAAGUGCCAUCAACUGGGUCCCGCAUUUCCAGGCUAACACAAACUUUGUCAGGCCUGUUAAGCGAUGCUACAGUGACCGCGACGUCACGACGGUACUGGAUACUGCUCACAUUUUGCACCCUAUCCAUGCUCAAUGCGUUCCAGUGGAUACAGUAUUCAAUCAUAGCCAGCGUAAUUAAAGAUUAUUACGGCGUCAGCGAGGCAACGAUAUCGUGGACGUCCUUGUUGUACCUGAUCGGCUACAUGAUCUUGGCAUUUCCAUCGGCCUGGAUUCUGGACAACAAGGGUCUGCGGACAACGGUGCUUAUCGGUGCGGUCGGAACUGCCAUUGGGGCAUGCAUAAAGACGUUCGCCGUGAAACCCGGGCAGUUCAACCUAGUUCUUGUCGGCCAAGCUUUCCCAGCGCUCGCCCAAGCAUUCAUCUUGGGCGUACCUCCCCGCCUUUCCUCAGCAUGGUUCAAGUACGAGGAGAUUUCGACCGCUUGCUCCGUUGCGGUGCUUGGAAACAAUCUGGGCAUUGCCUUGGGCUUCGUCAUCCCGCCCAACGUCGUUCACGUGGACGACGCGGAAACGUCUCUCCUGUACUUGUGCGGCUCUGUGGGGCUCGCGAGCAGCGUGUGCUUCUUCGUUAUACUAUUCGCCUUUGACGACAAGCCUGAGCACCCGCCGAGCUUCUCGGAGAUGUUGAAUCGCCGAAGGAAGAGGAAACCGUCGUUCUCGGCCGCGUUCAGCACCUUGCUCACGGACGUCAACUUCUGGCUCCUCCUGCUGUCCUACGGCAUCAACACGGGAGCGUUCUACUCGAUUUCGACGCUCCUGAAUCCGGUGAUCCUCAUCUACUUUCCGGGCGAGGAGAAGUUCGCCGGCUGGCUGGGAUUGGCAUUGAUCGUGUCUGGUCUCGUCGGCUCAUGGCUCUGCGGGCUGGUGCUGGACCGGACGGGAAAGUACAAGGAGGUCACGUUGCAGACUUACAUACUUUCGACCGUGGGACUCUUCGCGUACACGUUCAUCCUCUCAGUCAGGUCCCACGUGUUGUCCGUUCUAGGCUGCCUCUUUCUCGGCUUUUUCAUGACUGGCUACAUCCCGAUCGGUCUGCAGCUGGCAGCGGAGAUAACUUAUCCGACGCCUGAAGGAAUCAGCUCCAACCUGAUGAACAUUUCUGCGCAGGCGAUUGGGUUCGUCUUGAUUCUCGUGUCGUCGUUGAUCCAGGACGCCUACGGCGACGUCGUUUCUAACCUCUGCCUGUCGGCGUUGCUUGUCGUCGGCUGCAUCAUGACGGUGCAGACGAAGGCGAAGCUUAAGAGACAGGAAGCUUAUAAUCAAGAGGUUAGGAGGCGUUCCUUGGCUACACUACCUUCUGUCGUGGAGCAGUCUGCCGAGACCUUGAUAUCGUCGCCACAAGACGAGCCUAUCCUUCUAUCCGCCAACAGUCCCGUGCAUGACCAACCGUACGACGAACCCUUAGUGCCGGAAUCCACAAAUGCACCUAUGAGUGAAUGAAAAGUGCCUGGCUCUGGAUAACUAAAGCACAACUCACAAAGACGACUGUUUGCUGACCUGUUACAUGGUUGUGAUAAGCCUUGCUGAGCUAUUUGUUGACCGCCAUACCCAAAUAGAAGUACCCCAUUGCCA